GAAUAUAAUACCGUAGAUACAUAUGGCGGUAUUCGUAAACAAGAUCGGUACCCGUUAGUUUUCUAUAGUUUGAAAUACAAGCUUUUAUGGUGACAACAAGGUGAAGGCUUUCAUUUUCUAAAUGGAAAGAUUUAAAGUUACAUCACAGCUCUUCGUACACAUGCUGGCAUCUCUAUCGGAAUAGUGACUGAUCCAUCUUCUCCAGAAUGCCACAGAUCCGAACGCUGUGUAGAAUCAGACCCUCCGCAGAGUACUAUCCGGAAUUCGAGGCCAGUCGGAAUACUUUGUUUCUGAGAGUUCCAGAAGUUCUCAAGGAAAAUUGGGUGGAGGGAGUCCGGGGAAAAGCCAAUGUUAGCCAUGAAUUCCACUUUGAUUACAUCUUUAAAAAUACUGCGACACAAGAGGAAGUGUUUGAUGUGGCAGCCAAGGAAAUCAUAUCAGGUUUUCUGGGUGGCUUUAAUGGUACGAUUUUUGCCUAUGGACAGACAGGAACAGGAAAGACGUUUACUGUGGAAGGAAGUCCUAAACAGUACAAGUUACGAGGCCUGGAACCAAGGUCUCUGUCCAUGAUUUACAAAGAACUAGAAAAGAGGACAGACGAAGACAUCAGUGUUCACAUCUCAUACCUCGAAAUCUACCAGGAAACUGGAUAUGACCUUUUGAACCCAGGGGCCAGAACUCAGUCAGCUGUUACGCCCUUCCCAAGAGUUUCAGUGAUGGAGGGUAUGCAGGGUGUAUGGAUGGUAAAGAACCUCUCAGUUCACUAUGCAGCCACGGAGGAGGUGGCUCAGAAUCUCCUGCUGCAGGGCCAGGCAAAUCGCCGCGUGGCUGCCACCACUGUUCACGACAGGUCGUCACGGUCGCAUGCGGUUUUCACCAUUCAGCUGAGUUCAAAGAGGUCGGACUCCGAUGUUGUUGUGAAGUCUAAGCUCCACCUGGUGGAUUUAGCAGGGUCUGAGAGAGUGUCUAAGACUGGUGUUCAAGGAAACCUGCUGAACGAGGCCAAGUGUAUCAAUCUAUCCCUUCAUUACCUUGAGUCGGUGAUUAUAGCAUUACAGGGGGACUCGCUCAAUAACAACAAGAGAGGGAGAAUCAGCAGUGCUGGGCAGCAGAGGGGUAGGUCCAAAACCAGAGAAAACGGUAGACCAAGCACAGCCGAGGGGUUAAGCCGAGGUCCACGCCAUGUCCCGUAUAGGAACUCCCUCCUCACCAUGGUCCUCAGGGACAGUCUUGGUGGAAAUUGCAUGACAUGUAUGAUUGCUACGAUUUCACUGGAAUAUCGUAACCUUGGAGAGACUCUAUCGACCUGUCGAUUCGCUGGUCGAGUGGCCUGUAUAGCUAACAGUGUUAAAUUUUUGAGAGCUUUAACGAGGAAUGAAGAAGUUGAUGAGAAAGCAUUAAUAAAGAAGCUGAGAAAGCGAGUAGCAGAACUUGAGAGUGAACUGUCAUGUCUGUUAAUGGCAAAGGAAGAUUUCAAGUUCAGUCUUGAUAUGAUGAAUGCCAAAUUAACAGAUGAAGACAAGAUUCAAUGCAAUAAAGUGAUUAAGUCUUACUUAGAUGGAAAAGUGAAAGACCCAGUGAGUGAAGGUAUUACAAAUCCCUACAAAUUCAGAGAGUGCAUGAAAAUUCUGAAGACGAUGAUACUGGACGGUAACUAUAGCAGUAUAAAUCCCAACGAUGUGCCAAAUCUCUUCAAUUCCUCUGAGGAAGCAGACUAUGAGAUUAGGGCAAGCUCCACUCCGGAGAAAGAUGCCCAGGUGCUGAAAAAGCUCCGAGACCAACGGAAAAACCAGGAGAAAACUGUACAAAUUCCGAUCCCCUCACGUAAUGCAUGGGGAGAAGAAGCUUAUAUCUCAGAGCCUGAACAACCAAUGAGAAGGCCCCACAACAGACAGAGGCGGAGACAUAACCAACUCCCGAUGGACACUGACGAUGAGGGCCUCAGGACAGCUGGGGAAAGUGACAUAGAACCAGCUCCUCCCAAAAGGCCAGACAAAGACAAUCUCUCUACCAUUUUGAGGCAGAGUAGAAACAGGAGAAAGUAUCAUUCUCCAUUUGAGAAACGAAGAAUCAAGGAUAUAAAGAAACUGAAUGAGAAGGUGGAGACCUUACAGCACACUCAGAUUAAUAAGGAAGGGGAACUAGUCAAAAUGAAGAUCAACAUGGCUGAACAGGAAUUGGACCUGAUGGAAGAGCAAGUCAGAACCAAAUUGAAUGUAACUAAGGAGCAGCUAGCUGACCAGAAGGCUUAUGUCCAUCAACUGAAAACCAUUGAAGCUGACAAGGAGGUCAUACAGAGGGAGAAAAUUGUGGAGAAACAGUUACGCAAAAAAGAGGCAAAGGCCUCCAAGAAGAUUGAAGUGAUAGAAGAGAAACGUAAACAACUUAUUCAACAUUCAGAAGAAGUGGACAAAGAACUUACCAAGGCCAAACCAACCAUCAGGGAGCAGUUUGGAAAGUACCGGAAGCGAGACGGCAGUCUCAACACCAGACAGGUGUAUGACAUGCUGAGAACAGAGGAGAAGAAGCAGGAAAAGAUUCAGAAUCAGCUAGAACAUGAAAGGGUGGUGAUGAUUAGUCAACAGUUAGAACUGAAAGAAGCUGCAACUCGACAAAAGCUACGGGACUUUAAGGAAUUGCUUCGAAUGUCACACUCAGCUGGUUUUCCUGAUGGACAUGUUGGCCAUGAUACAGACCCGAGGGCUGUAACAGCCCCCGAUUUUGGGGAGGGCCCUCAAAGACUUAAAGCUCGAGAAGAGGUGGGACUCGAAGACAUGGAUAACAGAGGAGGUAGUCCUGAAAGAACCAUUUAUACUGCUGCAACUACUCAUCUCAACCAUGGACUGGAGUCACGGAAUCUUCAAACUCGUGAUUCAAGGCCCAUAACUCAGAAAGAGGAACCCGAGGACAGUCGACCGGUUUCUCGUCAGAGUGUGCGAUCCACAAGGUCAGUGAUACCAGAUAAUGAGUUCUAUGCCAAACGGAAGCAAGAAAAAGAUCCGACAACUCGGUGGGAAUCGUCAUAUUCCAGACCUUCUACGGCUUGUAGUCAGAAACAGCCAGACAUUGAUUUUAUUUACAUGCAGCCCAAAAAUAUGGAGGAAAGUGAUGAAGAAUUGAAAUAUGGGUUAACUGAUGAUGUUAAGUCCGCACAAGAGGAGUCUCGGAAGUCAACAGCCAGAACAAAGCCUCCUCCAGCACCUAGUCGGACUUCUAACAAAAUAGACGAUGAUUUGGAGGAUUUCGAAACACUCAUUCCAAGUGAAUAUGUGCAUGGAAUGGGAACUAAAGACAGAUUUGAUGGGAAAAAAAUGGGUCUUUCUUCAACAACUUUUGAUGCAGCUUUAGCAUCUAUGCUUGAGAAAGCAGAGGAAAAUGUGUACUUUAAUCAUGAUGAUUAUGAUCAGUUCGCGAGUACAAAUAAAACUCGAUCUUACGACAGAGAAAGUUCCUUAGAUAGAGAAUUGUAUGCAAUUUCUCAGAGAUCUCGUGAGAGUGACAUUAAGGCCAUUUAUGGUUCUCCCUUAAAAAGUAGCAAGAGCAUGCGUCAGAGUCGUCCGAGAACAAGACCAAGACCUGUUUAUUACUCAGACGAAGACAACAUCGAUAAUGUACCGCCAAAGAGUAAAUCACCAACCAGAGGUAAACGAGACAAAUCCUUGGACGACUGGGAGAGGAGAAUGUUACAGAAAAAUUCAGCUCGAAGCGCUCGCAAAAAUUCCCCCCUUAAAAAGAGUCAAUCCAAUUAUGCGUCAAAUCGAUAUUCAACAGAGAGUGAUGAGGAACCUGUGAAGAAUGGACCCAACAAUUACAAAAACUGGGGGCCUCAGACUAAGCAUGCUUCAAUAGCGGGACGACUGGCUAGUUUCUCUAUUGAGACCCCACCUCCUACAGGCAAACAAAUUCGUAACACAGAUGUGAAUGGGGACCAGUACUACUAUCCCUCACGGACCAACAGUCUAGUCAUAGAGGAGUCCAAAUUUAAAUCGGUUACAGCCAUGCCAGACGAUGAGGCAGAAAGUACUUUCAUGGGAAAAGUAAUGGAACAGCGAGAACGUGUGAACAAAAUAAGACAGGCCCGCAAAUCGGCAGAAGUCAUUCAAAUAGCCUGGAGGAGAUAUCAAGAGAAAAAGAAACAUGCUCGGUGGUGAUUAAUGUAUUGUAGCAAUACAUGUAUAUUGAUAUUGUCAGUGCCAAAAGCAGGGUCUUUGUUUUGUUCAGGAUAUUUAUGACUGGCUUUUCAUCCGAUUUUUUAAGCAAUGAAUCGGAUAGUGAUAUUUGAAAGACAAGCCCCCCCCCCUUUCUGAAGAAAACCCCCAAAGUUGUUGUCAGUGCUACAGCUAUUGUGUGGUUUUUUUACAAGUGCAUUUUGACAGAGGUGCUGGAUGUACAUACACUUCUGUGUUUGUUCAUGUUAGUUCUGCAAUAAUUCAAAAAUUCAUAUGUAGCAAUGUUUGGAAGAAAAAAGUUGUUUGCAAUUGUGGAUUUUCUGAUUUAAAAACACAAAACCAACAUUUGAUUUAAUCUGUAGAAUAUUUGUGCAGAUACAAUUCUGAUUAUAUAGUAAUUAGCUACUGUAAAAGUGGUUAUUUAUGUUGGGGGAUAAGUAUGCGUUUUUCCAUGUCCAACAUUACGCUUGGAGGGAAAAACGCUCGGAAAUAUAAUACACAGUAUAUCAAGUAUUUAUAACUAUAAGCGUGGGGGAAAUUUACGUGCUUAUUACGCGACAGCUUAAUUGGUGCAAAUUUCCCCACGUCUAAAUAACCACUUUUACAGUAAUUAGAAAACUUAUAAAUAGGUGUUAGUUGUGCUGGCCUAUUCAGUAUUUUUACAUCACUUUUAGGACCUUGUACUCAGAUAGGACUGUCUUAAUUUACUAAAGUCAUGAAAGGUAUUUGUAUAAUGCAUGCUCAUAUUCCGACAUCUUCUGCUGGAAAAUUUGCCACCAAAGAAUUUUGAAUCAGAAUUAUACAUGUUAUUUCAAGAGAAUCUUAUUCAUGUAUUCAAUUGCAAAGCUUGCCCAGGAUAGUAUUAUUUGUCUGUGAUAAGAUCAAUUUUAUUUUUGUGAAAUUUUAAAAUAUAUAUGUACAAAUAUUUUACAUAUCUAUAACAGUGCACGUUGUAUUUUUAAACAGUUUAUGAAGUGUUAUAAGCUUUUUUAAGUGUUUAUGAAUUGUACAUGUCGAGGUACAUAUUCUAAGAAUCUCAAGCAUUCCGUCCAUUAUAGUCCCCUUAAAGAGUCCUGUGUAGAGUAUCUGAUGAAAGAAAUAAGUGUACGACAGAUUGUAGUGUUUAAGACAUAUAAAGAUCUGUAGAUUACAAAAAUGACCAGGACUCAAUUGGACAAAAGUUGAUUAAAUUCAACUGAAAGUUAACUGCAAGAGUUAAUUCCAAGUUAACAGAUGUUAGAAUGAACAGAUGUUUGUGCAGCUGGGUCAAUGUUCAUUUAAGUAACACACAAACCAAGUACUGUGUAGAGUAUCUAAUGAAAGAUAUGUGAACAAUAGAUUGUAGUGCUUUAGACAUAAAGAUCUGUAGGUUACAGAAAUGACCAGGACUCAGUUGGACAAAAGUUGAUUAAAUUUAACUGAAAGUUAACUGCUGGGUCCAUGUUCAUUAAGUGACACACAAACCAAGACGAUUUGUGAACCGGAUUAAAAUCUCUCAUCUCAACCAGUGAAACAAUGUCACAUACAUGUAUAAUUUGUAUAUACCAGUAUAUAAAGUAAAGAAAAUAGAA